GAUUGUAUUUAACUGAUGCAGGGAAGGAAGGUUUCCCCCUGGAACUGUCUCCCAUUGACAUGACGGUAGCUGUUGCUGGGUCAUACAAUGCUCAGGAGAAGGAAGACUAGUGCCUCGGAACCCAAGAAGGAUCUUUCAGCUCAUGGAGGAGCUCUGUCCAUGUCACAAAACACGCGCUCUUUUUUCACCUUCUCUCAGCUGGUGCUUUCUGCUGGCCACCUCAAACCACCACCAGUGCUCAAACACUCAAAAAUCACUUACUUUGAAGUGGAGAUCCUUGAUGUGCAAAGCAAGAAGCAGAUCUGCAUUGUGGACAAGAUACCUCCAUCAUCUACCCUCCUAGAUGUGAAACACAAAUUUCACAAAGCCUGUCCCCAGUGGUACCCUUCCCGUGUUGGCCUGCAACUGGAACGCAAUGGGCCCUAUUUGAAGGAUUCUGUUAACAUUCAAAGCCUUGCAGCGUCCUCCAUCAUUACACUGUAUUUUACAGACCUGGGUCAGCAGGUCAGUUGGACCACAUUUUUUCUAACAGAAUACACCGGGCCUCUACUAAUAUACCUGCUUUUUUACAUUCGUCUCUCAACUAUUUAUGAUCGAAUGGAAACUACGAAGAACUUCCGCCACCCAGUGGUGCACUUGGCUUGCUUCUGCCAUUGUUUGCACUACAUCAGACAUCUUCUGGAAACGUUAUUUGUUCACAAGUUUUCUGGAGGGCACACUCCUCUGAAAAAUAUGAUAAAGGGCUGUGUCUUUUACUGGGGUUUCACUUCUUGGAUUGCAUAUUACAUCAACCAUCCCCGAUAUACGCCACCGUCAUUUGGCUACAGACAAGUUUCUCUUGCUGCCCUUGCUUUUCUGAUGUGUGAAGCUGGAAAUCACUUUAUCAACGUAGCAUUAGCUCACCAAAAUCAUUCAGGAAACAAAGCCUGUUUUCCAAGUCCAACCUACAACCCCUUCACGUGGCUCUUCUUGCUGGUAUCCUGUCCCAAUUAUACUUACGAGGUUGGGUCUUGGAUUAGUUUCACGGUAAUGACACAAACCCUGCCAGUCGGCAUUUUUGCUUUCCUGAUGGUCAUCCAGAUGUCUCUCUGGGCCCAAAAGAAACACAAGCUGUACCUGAAGAAAUUUUAUCCAGAAGUGCGCAGAAAAGCAGCUAUGAUUCCUAUCGUCUUCUGAGCUCUUGGUAAAAGCUGAAGCCUAAGUGUGCACAGUUCAAUAGCUAACUCAGAGUAAAUGAGCCAUUUAAUUCACCAACCGAAGUGGGUCUGAGGAAGCACUACUGGAUAUCUUUUUCAGAAAAUUAACAGAUCAAAAAGUUUUAAUUAAGUGGAAAAAAACCAAAAACAAAACCAACAAAAACAAACCAAACCGCUCUUCAAUUCUUGAUUCCCGCUAAAAGAUAUUUAAUUAGAUUUUCUACAUGGAGCUAAUUGGGAAAGGAUGAGGAAUUUUUUUAUAUUCGAUUUUAGGCUAG